UGUCUUUACCAGGUGAGAGGAGAAGGGAGGUGAUUGCAGCGGCUUCAGGAAGAGAGACUGUCGGAGCUCACUGCUGAAAAAUACAAUUCAUGGCUAGACAGCUGCAUAACAUGGUUUAACGAUUAGAAUGUACGAUAGGUGCAGCAGUACACACACGCACGUAUAUACUGGGGACACUGGCAGUGCUGUAGAGGUGAGUGUGACGAGUGACAGCCCGUGUGCCUCACUAGUGCAAAUGCAAGUGUGCAAAAGUGUUGCUUGUGUGUGAGAGGCCAGAGGUAGGAGAGCAUGGCUGCUGGCUGUGUGUGACUGUGGCACAAUGCAUUUGAGUGGUGCUGCUUCAGGUGUGUGCUACUGUGUGCCCAUGACAGCUGAGAAGUGUGUGGCAGUGUGUGUAUGUGCGUGGGGGGAAAGUUGUGUGUGUCAGCCUAUAUGUUUUGUUCCUUGUGUCUGAUAGUGAACUUUAGGAGCUGUUAGGGGAUUCUGGGAGUAUUAGAGGAUUGUGGGAUACCUGACCAAGGUCCUAAGGCUUUUGCCCACACAGUGCCUACUCUGAGGCACACUUUCUCUCUCAAGCGCCUCCUGUCUGUAUUGCCACCCUGUGAAGGGACCACAUUGCUCUGUACAGACAGACUGUGUAUCAGCUGAUUACAGGAGCUGCAAAUAUUCCUGGAUAUCCCAUUUCCAAACCUCUUGGGGAUUAAUAAUGCGCUUUCCUACCUCUGAAUGUGGAUAAGGCUUUUUUAGCUUGGAGUUUUUGAACAACAUUCGCCUUGGAGUCUUCAGAAUUAUCACCUUGCCUGACUUCCGAGAGACUUUAAAUAUAUACUAAACGCACAGUGGAUAAUUCUGCUGGGGCUGUGCUAAAGGUCCGACUGUGUCAAGGUUUGUGGACUGAAAAUUAUCAUCAUGUCAGUAGAAAGGAGGCUAAAGGAGCUGGAGGACAUGAUUCUGAGAGGCCCCCAAGGGCCUGGCAUUGGGUCACUCAGCAUGGAGACUCUAAUAGAUGCCCUUAUCUGCCUGUGUCAUGCAUGCAAUGCAGCACCUUUACGACGGGACAAGAACGUGACAGAAUUUCUGGCCUGGGCUGAACCAUUUUCCUCAAAAGUCAAACAGAUGAGACUGAAAAGAGAUGACUUUGAGAUUGUAAAAGUUAUCGGGAGGGGAGCAUUUGGAGAGGUAGCAGUUGUGAAAAUGAAGGGCAGUGGAAAAAUUUUUGCCAUGAAAAUACUGCAUAAGUGGGAGAUGCUAAAACGUGCUGAAACAGCUUGCUUUCGUGAGGAGAGAGAUGUUUUAGUUAAAGGAGAUACUCAGUGGAUACCCAGCCUACACUAUGCAUUUCAUGAUGAUAAUUACUUGUACCUGGUAAUGGAUUAUUAUGUUGGAGGAGACUUACUAACCCUGCUGAGUAAAUUUGAGGAUCGGUUACCAGAGGAUAUGGCUCGAUUCUACUUGGCUGAGAUGGUCUUAGCGAUAGACUCCAUACACCAGCUGAACUAUGUACACAGAGAUAUAAAGCCAGAUAAUGUACUUAUUGAUUUGAAAGGACACAUUCGUCUUGCUGAUUUUGGAUCCUGUCUGAAAAUGAAACCAGAUGGAACGGUGGAAUCUUCUGUUGCUGUUGGCACCCCUGAUUAUAUUUCCCCAGAAAUUCUUCAGGCUAUGGAGGAUGGCAAGGGAAAGUAUGGGAUAGAAUGCGAUUGGUGGUCUCUUGGUGUUUCUAUGUAUGAACUUCUCUUUGGAGAGACCCCCUUCUAUGCUGAAUCUUUAGUGGAAACGUAUGGGAAGAUCAUGAACCAUGAGGAGCAUCUGCAGUUUCCAUCUGACAUUACAGAUGUAUCUGAGAAAGCGAAGGAUUUGAUCCAGCGCCUUAUCUGCAGGAAGGAAGAGCGCCUUGGAAAAGGAGGCAUUGAUGAUUUUAAAAAGCAUCCUUUCUUUAAUGGUGUAGACUGGGAUAAUAUUAGGAACGCCAUUCCUCCUUACACCCCAGAGGUGGACAGCCCUGCAGACACCUCUAAUUUUGAUGUGGAUGAUGAGUCCCUGAAAAAUUUGGACACAUUGCCUCCGAAUAAUCACAAUGGGUUUUCUGCUCAUCUGUUACCCUUUGUCGGCUUUACAUUUACAUCGGAGUGUUCACUGUCUGAUAGAGGUUCACUGAGUUGUGCAGUCAGCAGUGGCACAGCAUCUUCUGAGAAGACCACCAAGCCAGGACAGGACAAAGAGCAGCUAAAUGCUAAGGAUGGUGAGAUUCGUAGUCUGAAGAAGGAGAUGGAAAUCCUACAAAAGAAAUUAGCAGUGAAUGCCAAGGAGCAAGAAGGUUUAUCAGGUUCUCAAUUCCAGUCUCUUGAAAAAGAGAUCCGAUCCCUUAAACAGGAAAAAGAAUCAUGUAACAAGGAGCUUUCUGAUAUGCUGGAACGAUUAAAGUCACAGGGAGUGGAGCUGAAGGCAGCACUUGAGAAAAAGAAGACCAUGCAAGAAGAACUACGUGGAGCAGAAGAAAAGUGUGAGAGCUUAAACUCUCAGGUUGGUCGCUUAACUCGCAGGCUUAAGGACAAAGAAGAUGAGGUGGAGGCAACUGCAGAGAAAGUGAGGCUAUUAAGGAAGAACCUUCAUAAAGCAGAGGGCAGCAGAAGAGAGAUUGAAUCACAGAUAGAAGAUUUGAACUUAGAAUUGGAAAAACAAAAGAAGCUGCGAGAGAGAAGUGAAGCUCUAGCCACACAAGCUACCGAAGAACUUGAGUGCUUAAAGUCCCAGCAGUCUAUCACUUCACCAGUGAUUAGUGGUUCACUUCAUUAUUCUGAGAUGACCCAGCUAAGAACAGAUCUUGAGAGGAGAAGCCAGCAUCAUGAGACUGAGCUUGAACGUUUAAGGAAGGAACUUGCGUGUCGAGAGGAAGAGCAUGCUACAGAGACAAAAUCGCUACGUAGAGAACUUGGAGAACGAGAAACAGAACUAAUAUCCCUGAGGCAUGAAAUGGAGGCAUUGCAGGAAAGCUUGGGAAGGAAAAGCAGUGAUCGUGCUCGGGCCCAGGAAGAGGAGAUACAGGAAAUGCAAAAGAUAAAUGAGAGAGAGAGAAAUUCAUUAAAAGAAGAGAAUAAGAAACUAAAGCAGGAACUUGAGAAGGUGCUCGCAGAGUCUGACAAACUUGCUGCUUCUCACAAGAGUUUGGAAGAAGAACUUCAGCUAUUGGAUGUGAAAAAGGACUCAUUAGUCAACUGGGAAACCCAAGUCACAGACAUUUUACAGUGGGUAAAUGAUGAGAAACAGUCUCGAGUUUAUCUACAGGCCUUGUCUGUGAGGUUGACGGAUGAGUUGGAUACCUUAAAGAAUUCAGGGGGUCAGACACCAUCAAGCAAAACUGGGGAGAGUCAAUGGAAAGCACGUAGGCUACAAAAGCUGGAAGCUUCAGCCCGACUGGAGCUUCAGUCUGCUCUGGAAGCUGAGAUAAAGGCCAAACAAUGUAUCCAGGAAGAACUGAACAGGUUCAAAUCUGAAAGCCACAAUACGGAGAGAAAGCUGCAGGAGGCAGAGGAAGAAAAUAGAAAACUGCGAGCGGAAGUGGAAAAGGUCCGUGAGGAAGCUAAGCAAAAGGCAAUAACAGAAACAAAGCAGCAAAGACCUUUAAUACCGUUCCUGUCCUUCCGUACUGAGAAGGAUCCAAUUAAUGCUGAAGAUCAAACUCAAAAUAAUGUCAUGAUUAGAAGAGAUAGCAGAACAGAGUCUGUUAAAAAUAAAGUAAACCGGAGAUCUGCUGGCUUUGACACUAUAGAAGAGGCAUCUGAAAAGAUGAAAUCCCAUGCGUUUAAAGUGAAAACCUUUACAUCUCCAACUAAAUGUCUGCGUUGUACAUCUGUUAUGAUUGGAUUGUGUCGCCAAGGGCUCUGCUGUGAAGUCUGUGGGUAUAUCUGCCAUGUGUCCUGUUCUGAGAAGGCCCCAAUUUGCCCAUCUCCUCCAAGUCAGAUCAAGAAGAUCCUGGGAGUGGAUCCAGUAACUGGCAGUGGGACUGCACUGGAAGGAUCUCUUUCGGUUCCCAAGCCUGCUGGAGUUAGAAAAGGGUGGCAAAAGGCAUAUGUAAUUUUAAGUGAAUUUAAGGUCCUUGUAUAUGAUGCCUGCCCUCCAUGUAACACAGCUAUUAUACAGGCUAUUGAUAUGAGAGAUGAAAACUUCUCUGUUAGUUCUGUACUGGAAUCUGAUGUCAUUCAUGCCAGCACUAAAGACAUUCCAUGUAUAUUCCGAAUCACGUUCUCUCAGAUGUCCUCUCCACCCACUACAUCCUCCCAGUUGCUGCUGGCAGAGACAGGGGAAGAGAUGCAGAAGUGGGUGCAAGUGCUGAAGGAGCUUCAUGGCCUCCUGAAGGGACCUCACAGCCAGUCUGUCCGUGUACUGAAAGAGGCAUACGAUAGUGCUCUACCUCUUAUACGCACAGCAUUGUGUGCAACAAUCAUUGAUCAAGAGAGACUCGCUCUGGGAAAUGAGGAUGGACUUUUCCUUCUGCAUGUAAACAAAAAUGAAAUCAUGCAGUUAGGGGAUUGCAAGCGAGUCCUGGCUCUGCGUUGUGUCCCUGAGGCUCAGCAACUGGCUGUGCUCUGUGGAAAAAGUCACAGUGUGCGCCUCUUCUCUUGGGAUCUCCUCCUCCUCCCAGACUCUACUGGCAUGAAAAUUCCUGAGGCAAAAGGCUGCCAUGCUAUUGCAUCCGGGCUUGUGUGCCAGGGAUCCUCACCGGUGCUCUGUGUUGCCUCCAAGCGCCAGGUCUAUUGCUUCCAGCUAACCAGCAACAAGGGCUCCCCACGGAGAAUUAAGGAAUUUCAGGCUGCAGGGGUGGUGCAAUGCAUGGAUAUUUUGGGUGAACGUCUUUGUGUGGGCUAUUCCUCUGGCUUCUCGCUGCACCCUAUUCUUAAUGAGGCUGCUCCUAUUCAACUACCACACCCAAAUGAGCCUAAAUUGACAUUCCUGAUGCAGUCUACACCCGAUGCGCUGUGCGCAGCUAGGGUGACACUUAGUGAAUUUUUACUCUGUUUUUCAACCUUUGGUGUCUAUGUGGAUUCGCAAGGAAGGAAGUCACGGACACAGGAAAUUAUGUGGCCUGCACCACCAGUGGCCUGUGUGUACACCGCUCCCCACCUCACAGUCUUCAGUGAAAAUGCCUUAGAUAUAUUUGAUGUCAGGAGAAGUGAAUGGAUUCAAACAAUUCCUCUCAAAAAAGUUCGAUCUCUAAAUGCGGAGGGUUCCCUUUGCAUAUUUGGAAGUGAAAAGGUCCGUUUGGUAUAUCUAAGGAACAAACUCGCUGAUCAAGAUGAGUUUAACGUGCCAGAAACCUCAGAUAAUAGCCGGAGACAAAUGGUAAGGACGAAAAGCAAGAGGCAUUUCUCCUUCAGAAUCUCGGAUGAAGAGCGGCAACAGCAAAGAAGAGUGAUGAUGAAAGACCCUGAACUUAGGUCAAAGUUGAUCUCCAACCCCAAGAACUUUAACCAUUUGGUUCAUGUUGGGCCUGGUGAUGGAAAACAUCAGCUAAAAGACCUAGCAGUGGCACAAGAAGAGAAACGGAGGAGCAGUGGGCAAGAUGUGUCUGCUUCAGGAUCAUCUCUUUCCUCCAGUAUUGACAAUGUAAAGCGAAAUUCCAGCAGCUCCCAAUCCGAGGACUCACUCUCUUCUCCUCAAGGGCUUAUGCUGUCCUCAGAUAUUCUGAGUGAGAUUUCUGACCACACAGGCCUAAACCUCUCCAACACCUCAUACUAACAAGCGGAGGAGUCUUGUGCCAAAGGCUGGGAGCUGCAGUUUGGCUAAUUAUGACAACAGUGCCCUAAUGCCCCUUAAAUAUGCAGUGAAAACAGGACUCUCUGAAGAACCCUACCGCAGAAAUGAAAGUUUACUUUUAUAUGAAAGUUUCUAGUUUAACUUUAAAAGAUUUAAAGAUAUUGUUUCAGAUCUCAGCCCCUUUGAAUAGUGUGUAUUGCACUCUCAUACCCUGCUGGACCUUACAGAAAGAUGCAAAGGGACACGGUCACAUGGGCUGGUGAGCAAAAAUGAAAGAAACCUUCAGAGCUCUAGCUACAUAACUCAGUAGGUUAUUGGGGUUCAGUGAUAUAUAUAUAUUUAUGGCUGUUGUCAUUCAAAAGAUAAAUGCAGAGUUUUUCCAUAUUCAUCUACCCAGUAUUUCACAUAAAUGCAGUGUUUAAAAGGUACGAUUAUGUUCUGCUGCUAGAUAACAGGACAGCGGGUCAGCACACUGGUCUAGGAAGACUAAGCUCUUACCAUAGGCCAGCAGUCUCCUUAAAGUAAAAUGCACUGGCUUGUGGUACUUUAAGAGAGAGUGCGCAGCUUGUCCCAGGCCUCCCUUGAGCCAAUAAAAACUGGGUGCCUGCUCAUUGCAAUUUGCUGAAGCAGCUCAGGACCACACCCAAGUCUUUUGAGGGGUGAAGAUGGCUUCUGUGCACCCUGCCCCAGUGCAUUUUUUUUUCCGUAAGUGGAGGUAGGAGUGGUAGGUAAUUAUAGUCAUGGGGGGUGGGGCUAAAUAAUUGGGUUGCCAAUCAUUAUCUGAGUGCACCUCUGCAGGAGCCAUUUUGGCCUUACUGAUUUAAUCAUGAAACUAAGUUCUAUAGGAUGUGAAAAAAAACCACCACUUUGCAUAUAUAAUGCAAUAAUUUUAGGAGUAUUGCAAAUGUUUUUGUUUUAAAUAUUGAUUGAUUUAUUCAUCAGGCUUUACACUAGCACCUCCCCUGAACGUGCAAUUACUGCACAUUUAGGAGAUAUUUUAGGUGUGUAUUACAUAUCUUUAUUGCCAAAUGGCUGGUGCCAUGUUAAAUAUAUAUGUGUAAAUAAAUGUUUACUAGCACAAUAUUCAUCUUAUUCAUAUUCAUUACCAGAGUGAGGACAGCACAUAUUUAUAAGCCCUUGCAUGAAUGUGUCUGCGGAUGGAUUCUCAUUGCUUCAUUUUAUUGUAUGUGAAAUUACAGAUGCAAUGGAGACAUUCUGGUUCGUAAAAUUCCAUUUUAUUCUUUGGCUGUACACGUACAGCAUUGUAUGUAAGAUAAAAAUUUAUACAGCAUAAAUAUUAUGAAACCUCU